AUAGUUUUUGCCUAUAUUGCUUAAACGCUAUUUAAAUCGCUUACACGGAUCGACAGGGAAUACAUGUGUUAAUUUGAAUUUGAUUAAACAAUUCUUAUGAGACUGUUUAGGAGUUGCAAACUUCACUAGACGUAUCCUGUGUUCAAAAGUUUUAAGGAUCUUUAAUUAAAUGCGUUCUCUAUCUUGUAGUAUUAUUAUUUAAAUAACCCUGCUUAAUGAGAGCAGCCGCAGGGAAAGUAAAAGGGCGGAGGGAACUUCUUGAAGAAGUUGAGAACCGUUAGAAAAAGCGGCCCGGAUCUGGCGUGUUUCGUUCCAUCUUUAGGGUUUACGACGAAGCCGAGAGGAGGAAACACGGCCGGAGACGCACAGUUGGCGCGCUGAUUCAUAUAGAAUAGUUGAAGCCGGGGAGCCAAUGAGCGAGCGCGGCUGAGGCCGAGCCGGCAGCGGUAGUACUAGGAGGCUCCGCGCCGCGCUGAUUGGUCGAGCAGGUUAGCCAAUCGGAAGGCUCGGGGUGUUUGCUCAGGAGCAGGGAGAAGGAGGAGGAGUAGGAGUACCACCCUCCGAAGCAGACAUGGCCCCUAGAGUCUGAGCCGCUGGAUGAAGGGCCCACUGAAGCAACACUUCCCCUUUGUAACCUGCUUUUAGAUGAGUGUGCACAUGGAGAUAAACACUGCAAGGAUAUGUAGCUUUCAAAAGUCUACACGCCCCACGUUUGGUGACAUAAUAAGAAUCCUAAGUAUUUUCAUUACUUUUUUUCACCCUCUCCCCCCCACCAUGUGAUUUGAAAUGUACCUUGUCUACUUUAACUUAAAAACAAACAAAUCUGUAAGCAGGACUACUAUAAAGAAUGAUAAAACAUAUGCAUCCCAACAGCACAAGUGUACAAACCCUUAAUACUUUGAUGAAGCCUAUUCAAUUUCAAUAUUCUAUCUUCAUUGGUUGGAAUCUAUCAUCACACACUCAUUUGCAAAAGUUCAGUAACUCCAUCAGAUCGUGAGCACACCUCACGUCCAGUCAAUAAUCCAGGAUAGUGUCUUUUUAAUUUCAAAACAUACACAUUUUUUUCCCCCUUAACUCUUUAAUUUUCUCUAUAUACUGAUGUAUGACUCCACUCUGAAGCUAACGAAUGAAACUCCUUGUCAUCGUCAACACCUAAAACUUUUAGGUCAGAAAUGACUAGUAUUUUCAACCAUUCAUAAUUUUAACUUCACGAUGCUGCCGCCGCCGUGUUUCACUGUGGCGGUGGUGCUCUUUUGUUCAUGUUCACUGUUGUUAUUGUGACAAACGUCAGAGUCAUGGCCCUAAAGUUAAAGGUUAGCUUUAAUCAAUUAUGAGACAUUGUCCCACAAACUUUCAGAAAAUGUUUUGCAAUUUUUUUUAUGGUUUAUUUUAUGGAAGAAAAGACUUAGAAAAGUUUUACUGCCCCGACUCUUCGUCCAAGCAUGAGAACAGUGGACACUUUUGUCAUGUCUAGAAAAAAAACUGAACUUUGCAGAAAUUUCUGCCGCUUCAUCAGGGUUAUUUCUAGUCUCUGUGCCAGUUUCAAUCCUUUCAGCCAUUUUGAGGAAACCUCCAGUUUCCCAUAAUUUGUUCCACUAGUCAUUACUGUCUUUAUUGUCCUGUUGUUUUUACACAAUACAGUAGAUUUUUGUACUUUUCUCCAGGCUGAUUUGUACAAGACCAUUAUUUAUCUGUUGUAAACUCUCCUCAAACUGAGGCUUUAGCCAAAUUAUUCAAUGAGCAAAUGUUACGCACAUUCUUCUGGGACAGCUGAACUUUAUUUUGGGUAAGCAAGAUUCAACAAGUUGGGCGUCAGUGUGUACCAUGGAAGACUAAAGGCUGACCCUCUGCAAAAAGGUGUUUAGGCAGAUCUACCGAGUGGCUGCAACAUUUUUUAUGUACUUUUAAUUUUGUUCAUUUUUCAGCAGAACUGAACAAGUUAUAGGUUGAAAUGAGGUUUGGAAAAUAUUUUGAAAUUAUUUAUCAUAAUAUAACUUUUUGCAUCCACAAAAACCUGCCGUAUUAACUGGGCAUAUUGAUCAUUUAUUGCUUAACAGAAACCAACACCAAUUAUCCAGCAGCUAACAGGUCAGGCUUUAGCAAGGGCUUCCUGGCACAAUAACCCUUAACCCAAUUUUUUUAUUUUUGGCACCAGUCACCUUUAUUGAAUAGCUUUGGACAUAAGAGACGAGGAUGACAUGCAAUAAAUUGCCCAAAACCGGGACUUGAACCUGGGACAAUCACCUCAAGAACUUUAAGGUUUUUAAGAUCUCAAAAUCAUUUUUUAAAAUAUAUUUAUGAAUGGAUGUUUUGCGAACUCUGUUUUAUACAUUUCCAAAGAAAUGCAUAUCAAGUCAGGCAUUUUAAUUGUUGGAGUUUUGUGCAGAGAACCAAUACACAACUACUAAGAAGUGGUGCUUCAAAGAUGGCAAAUGUGACAACAGCAUGCUUUGGUUUUGAUGUUUUUCUAUGGGUUUAUGACGUUGCCACAAACAAGUCUGGCAUAGUUGUUGUAUAAUUUCUGUCUUGUUUAUUUUAUUUUAUUUUAUUUUUUUGUAACAGGUAAAGAAAUUUUAAGAAAUUAUUAAAUUUUUAAGAGAAUGUUUUUAGGAAAGACAAAAGCUAAAUUUAUUUUACAAUUUUUUUUGUAUCUAACUAACAAUCUGUUGAAAUUUGCUUAAGUUAAAAAGGCCUAUAGGUGGGUGGGGCACCAAACAUGGGGACCUAAAUCCGACCCUGAUUAGAGCCCACUUUACUGUUUGACUUAAUAAACCAGUUUUUCUGUAAAGGCAGAUUUAUUUAAAAAGAAAAAUACUAUUGUAAUUAUUGUUACAGUUCUAAAAUACAAUCUCAUUCAUUUUUACAAAAUAGCUGUUUUAGCUUGUAAAGUACACCUGCUUUUUUACUGAAAGGUGGCAAACUAGUUGUUUUGUACCCAGUUAAUAUUACUUUAAUUUAAAUUAUAGGACCAUAUGAUUUUCCUAGAAUGAAAUGUAAAUCUGCAGAAACAUGAUCUAAACAAAUCAUUCACCACAGAAUUGAUAACACAGUAGCUUUGCUUUCAAAACCACUAAACCCACAGUGACGGCAUUGCUUUAGCAGUAAGUAAUUAUUGUGAAUACAACUUGAUGUAAAGGUAUUUGAAUCGUGUCCACAUAAAAGUAGUUUUUAUGAAACUAUUUUAGAUUUUUUUUUUUUCCUUUCUAAAAAGGAUAUGAACACAAAAACGACCUUGAAGAUUAUAGUAACUAUGGUUGUUUCUAUUGUAGCAAUAUGAGAUACAGAGGAAAAAGAAGGCAUGGCACGUAGUACCGCCCCCUACAAGUUGCUGCCCUGGGCAGUUGCCCAUGUUGCCCAUAUCAGAAACCGCUACAGAUCCAAAGAAUUAGAACCUCUCACAGUAAAACAGGCUAGCACUUCUCUGAAUUUUAUGAACUAGAAUGUCUGCAAAAUAUCAGUUAUUAUGUGUAAAUAAAAAGACAACAACCUUAGUGUCCAGAGUUAAAAAAAGAAAAAAAAAAGAUAUAAUAUUUCAAGUUCCUUGCAUUCACUCCAAAUAUAUUUGGGGGAGUUGCAUGAACUCUCUUUGCACCUUAAUGCCACCAUUUAGUGACUGAGAUGCUGAGAGUUCUGGAGAAAUCAUAGUGGGGGGUGAGCAGUGGGUACACAAGCCUCACUGACAGCGCUAAGACUCUCCUCAUGGUUCUGAUUGGUUGUUUCUAGUUAGUUGGUUGUUUCUAGCUCCUCUGCCUGGAAGAAGGCAGACGAGCUAGAUUGAUUUUAUUUUUUUCACAAAUUUCUUACUGUGACGACACAAUGACAAUUUCAACAAAUAUGUAAAUAUAUAUAUUAUAAAAGUCACAUACUCCAGCUUUAAUUAAUAGUUAAUCAUUUUUGUUUACCUGGUGCCAGCUUUUCUCAGACUAGUGGUACUUAUAAAAACCACACAUUCACUAUACAGCAAGAGUUGUCUAAAUAGCAGCAACAGAGCAGGGUGUGAUACAGUUCUGUUCAAAUUACUCUUUACUGACAUCCUUGCAAUAUAGUACACAGCAGUAUUUGAAAGACUGCAAUAUCCCAGCUGCUAUAUGUCACAAGACUGCCUUUAGAAGAUAGUGAGAGGAUCUAAAAGGUUCACUGGAGAUUUUCUGCCUAUAUUUGCACUUUAUAUUAUGAUGGUUAAAUAUUUUCUGCUUUCUGUGUUUACAACAUUUUCCAUUUAAUCAUUUUAACAUUAAGCCUAGCAUCUUGAUUGUCAUAACCAAUUUGCUCUACAAUGCAACAACAGCUCUUGUCCAAUGACCAGUGCAUAUAUGUACCCCUUUAUCGUGAGUGGACGCCCUCCUUUAGGCUGACCCCUUCGCUCCCCAACCGACAUGGAUCAAACAAGUACAGUGGACGGAUGGGACAGGCGAUGGCUGGACGGACGGACAGAUGAAUGAAAACAACUGAUUUGAUUAAGCGACACCAAUAACUACUUUCCCCAAUUUUACCAUGGAGAUUGGGUUGACUAGUUUAUCAAUUUAUGACUCAUUUUGAUCAAUAUCUGGACUUGAUAAGUUAUGUUUACAAAUUUUAUUGCAGCCCCCGUUCACUCUUCAUGCUUCAACUUUUUCUUUCAAAGCAUACAGUUCGUAUUUGUGCCACGUAACAUGUGGCCAGUGGAUUAAAGUUAUGACUUUAUUUAUUGGCUACCUUUGAGGACAUGCAAUUAUUGUAUUGUUAAAUUUCUUAAUUAGAUAUGUGAUUUUGAAUAAAUUUAUCAGAAGAAGAACGUAAAUGCAUUGUUGUUUACUUAUGAGUUUUUUUAAGUCAUUGUUUGAAAAUAAUGUAUUCAUGACAAGUUUAAUUGAGUUUAUUUACCAUGGACAGUUCAAGUUAAAUAAAUGUGCCUAUUUUGGUUUUGUAAAAUAAAAAAUAUUUUGUUUUUAUAAAACAAAUAACUCUAUUUUUUUUGUAUUAACAGAAGUGAUAAUCAUGGAGAUACUACAGCAGCAGUUAGUCCAGCAAGUAGAAUAUGAUAGCCAAAAGUGUCCUGCAGAAGAUAGUGAAGGGAGCUGAAUGGAUCAUUACAGCUUGCUGCUUAACUGCACAUUAUAUUAUUGGACGUUUUACCCCUGUUUAACGUGCACUAUUCUUUGCUGUGUGUCUAUGUAUUUGUAUUAUUGAAUCAUUUCACUUACACUGAUAAGUUGGGGGAUUCCAGAAAAUUAGACAUUACUUCAUACUUUGCUAAUUUAUAAUUUUUUUUCCCCAUUAAAAUGAAAAUAACUUGAUUUUUUUUUUUUUAAAUAAACUUUUACAGGAUGGGACUUACUGCAGUAUUUCAUCAAUUUCUAUACUUUGACAUGUUUUAUCAGGGUUUUUAAUCCUCCCUAAUAAAAUGGUAGGAUUUUAUUCAUUCACUGAUUACACACCACAUAUUGAAAACCUUGUAUAGAAUCUGCUUUGACAGUAUAUUGACUGGUGGCCAUUAGUAGGAUUGCUUGGUGUGACUCAUAAAAUGGACAUUAUUGUUAUCUUCCUAUGUUUUCAGUUAACAUAUAUAUGUUAACUGAAAAGGUAUGCAUUCAACAUGUGUCUAUACGUUACAAGGCACACUAGGGGAACAUUGGAGAGGGAAACCACUCCCCUCAUUCAGUGAUUUUUUUUUUUCAUUUUUUUUUUUCAAAUACGGGCAUUGGGGAUUCUCGUGUGUCUUCGCUCCACAUGGCGUACCCGUUGCGUCAAGAAGUCUAAUAGAUAUUUUUUAAGCAAACAGCAAGAAUCCCAGCUCAAGUCAUACUUUUCCUGCGUGUGACCUCGAGCAAAUGGGGCCUGCUGCUGGACUUUGAGUUGUGGACCAAAGAGGGCAUGGCUCCACGCUAUGCUGGAGAAGAUGGAUGCCGCCAUGUGGGAAGUAGUGGCAGACGUGUCAUUCUCGCAUUGCAUGAGGGCCCAAGGAGCGACCCAGGGUCCUCCCAUGCAAACGGGACUCUUAAUAUUAAAUAUUGCUAAUGCGAAGUUUUAAUAACGUAUAGUGCAAAACUCGUAUAUGAUUGGCCCCACCCCCUUUUGCCAUGCUCUUUCAUUCAACCGUGUCAUCACUACAACGCACUUAUGCGCGCAAGCCCCCGCAAUAUCAGCGUCUCCCUCCUAUGGGCGUGCGUAUGCUUCAGCCGACCAAUCAGAAGCCAGGCUUUGCAGCGCAAGGCAGCACGAAUGUGAUUCUAGUGAAUACACUAGUUUGCACGGAAAACCUUUACGCACAUAACUCAUGGCAUUUUUCUCUCUCUCUCUUUCUCUCUCUCUUUUCCAACAUCAAUCCACUCUUCCCCUCCUUUUUCUCUUCACUCCUCAUUCGCUGCUGUCUCCACCCCAGAUUCCCGUGCAAUUUUCCCCCAAUCCCCCAAACACUUAAUUGAGCAAUUGGGAUUCCUCACGUGUGGGCUGAUUUGUAGUUUGAACACGUGGCUCAUUCAGAAAAAAAAAAAAAGGCCGGAAUAGCGGAGGAUCUUUUUUUUUUUUUUUUUUACUCCUCCUGCCCUUUCUUCUUCUUAUUCCAGGCUGUAGACUCAGAGGCGGGCGCCAGCCAGCCUUACUGUGUGUGACAUUCUCUGUCUCUUUGCCAAAAGGGGGUUUUGGAGGAAGAGACAAAAGUAGUUUCUCCUCUUUUUUUUUUUUUUUUUUUUUCCCUUGCCCGGCCCGCCAUCGUUUUGGAGCGAGGCGAGAUUAAUAAUUGAGCAUUUAUUUAUUGCGCGACAGUGACCGAGGGGGGCGAGGGAGCGCAAACGCACUGUGGAGGGGCUGCCAGUUUAAAUCUAUCUGUGGCUCGAACCGACCGGGAAGCACGCCACAGCCGCUCCGUAUAGUAGUAGUAGUAAAAGGGCUAGGGGAGAAGAAGCAAGCAGGGCGAUUCGGGCGCACAUCCGUGAGAGAGGGCGAACAACUGUCUCUUCUUUUCUCCACCUCCCCCCUCCACCUCUCUCCAGCGUAAAGAUUGUCCCGUUUCGGCGUGGAACAUGAAUAAGCUAUACAUCGGCAACGUGAGCGCAGAGGCGAGCGACGAGGACUUGGAAAGUAUCUUCAAACAGUGGAAGAUUCCGCACAGUGGUCCGUUUCUCGUCAAAACUGGCUAUGCGUUUGUGGAUUGCCCGGACGAGAAGGCGGCGAUGAGGGCCAUCGAUGUUCUUUCAGGUAAAGUUGAACUUCAUGGGAAAGUUCUGGAAGUGGAGCACUCUGUCCCUAAACGUCAAAGGAGCUGUAAGCUGCAGAUCAGGAACAUCCCGCCUCACAUGCAGUGGGAGGUUUUGGACGGUAUGCUCGCGCAGUAUGGUGCAGUAGAGAGCUGUGAACAAGUAAACACUGAUACAGAGACUGCAGUAGUGAAUGUUCGAUACGCAGCUCGGGACCAUGCAAGGCUAGCAAUGGAGAAGCUCAAUGGAUCAAUGAUGGAGAACUAUGCCUUGAAAGUGUCAUAUAUCCCAGAUGAGACGGCUGCACCAGAGGGUCCUCCUUCAGGGGGUCGAAGAGGCUUCAACGCUCGUGGACCUCCCCGUGCUGGCUCUCCUGGUUUGGGUGCGCGUCCCAAAGUGCAGUCCGACAUCCCGCUGCGCGUGCUGGUACCCACACAGUUCGUAGGAGCAAUCAUUGGCAAGGAGGGUGCCACCAUACGGAAUAUCACCAAACAGACCCACUCAAAGAUUGACAUCCAUCGGAAAGAAAAUGCAGGCGCAGCAGAAAAACCCAUUACGAUUCACUCCACCCCUGACGGUUGUUCAAAUGCCUGCAGAACCAUCAUGGAUAUCAUGCAGAAGGAAGCAGUUGACACAAAGUUCACUGAGGAGAUCCCACUGAAGAUCCUUGCACACAACAACUUUGUAGGAAGAUUAAUAGGAAAAGAAGGCCGCAACCUUAAGAAAAUCGAGCAAGACACGGGGACCAAGAUCACAAUCUCACCGCUCCAGGAUCUCACCUUGUACAACCCAGAGCGGACAAUCACAAUAAAGGGCUCGAUUGAAGCAUGCUCCAGGGCUGAGGAGGAGGUGAUGAAGAAGAUCAGGGAAUCCUACGAUAGCGACAUGGCUGCUAUGAAUCUCCAAUCCAACCUCAUUCCUGGCUUGAAUCUGAACGCUUUGGGUUUGUUCCCCAGUGGAGCACCAGGCAUGGGUCCCUCCAUGGCCAACGUCUCGCCUCCUGGAGCUCACGGUGGAUGCUCGUAUGGCUGCAGUCCUUAUGGGGCUGAGGGGCCAUUUUGGGCUUCUAUGCUGUCGGCAAGCAGCCAGUCACUUGCUGGCCAGCCGGAGUCUGAGACGGUUCACCUGUUCAUUCCUGCCCUUGCUGUGGGAGCCAUCAUUGGGAAACAGGGGCAACACAUCAAACAGCUGUCACACUUUGCAGGAGCCUCAAUCAAGAUCGCUCCAGCAGAAGGAAUGGAUGCCAAGCAGAGGAUGGUCAUCAUUGUCGGGCCACCAGAAGCUCAGUUUAAGGCUCAGUGUCGCAUCUUUGGCAAGCUUAAAGAAGAGAACUUUUUUGGGCCGAAAGAAGAGGUGAAGCUGGAAGCGCACAUCAAAGUUCCCUCUUUUGCUGCUGGACGCGUCAUUGGGAAAGGUGGAAAAACGGUGAAUGAGCUGCAGAACUUGACCUGUGCAGAAGUGGUGGUUCCCAGGGACCAGACGCCUGACGAGAAUGACCAGGUCAUAGUGAAGAUCAGCGGACACUUCUUUGCGUGCCAGUUGGCCCAGAGGAAGAUUCAGGAGAUCCUGGCUCAGGUGAGGAGGCAGCAGCAUCAACAGCAGCAGCCCAAGUCUCCAUCGGGCGGCCAGCCUCCGACGCCACGCAGGAAGUGAAGCUCCAGCAAGCUCUGGAAGAACGGUGACUGGAUCCGGCGUGAAACUCGAAAGAUGGACAGAUGCAGAAAAGCUCAUAGGGGGAAAAGAAAAAUGACAGUGGAUCCUAAUGCACAUCUCAGGGGUCAAGGUCAUCGGAACCAAACAUCCAGCCCUCCCUGAACAACUUGAUGACUUUAAAGUGCGGGUGACGACACCUUACACCUCUUAAGCUCCACCCACUUCACGUCUCUGCGUCUGCUGUGAGAAUGUACUUUAGAGGGCUUUCGCCAACAUCACCUGCCCUCCGUUCAACCCCUUCCUUUAUCCCUCCUUGGGUGUAGUUUGUUUUUUAUUUGGUUCUUUUUACACUAAAACUAUGAGGAAGAAAUACAGACCCCCCCUUCCCUACACCCCUUUUUUAUCACCCCCUGUGGUGUGGUACCUUAAAGAUGUUUAGGUUGUUUAGUUUUUCUUAAUUGGUUAAAGCUUUCUCACGAGUUUUUCCGUGGAAAGAGAAAAGGCAUUGCUCGGUCCUGGUCGGACCAACGGAGGUUUAGUUGGGGGGAGGGUUGGCUCUGGCCAGGUGGGCCACAUUUAGGGGAAAAAUCCUUGUUUUAGGACAGGACCCCUGUGAGGGUCGGUUAUAUAUCAGGCGUCCUGCCCUCGGAAUGAAAGUGGCAUUUUUUUAAAGAAAAAUUCGGAUGCAUUUUAUAGAUAGACCUAUAUAAAUAGAUCGAUAUAUAAAUAUAAAUACAUAUAUAUAUAUAUAUAUUUAGUAGAGCGGGCAGCGCUGCGACUGACACCUUUGGGGAAAAGGGUGCCGAGCUGCUGCCCUGAAAAAACCAAUUUAUGCAUUUUGUUUAACUACCUCAGGAUCUAGUACCUCAGAAGAGAAAAAAAAUGAUUAUAUGGAGAAAAAAAAAGUUCCUUUCUUUUUAUUUUGCUUUUGUGGUAUUUUGUAUACUUUAUAAAGCUGAUAGUCUUUGAACAUUUUUAUUUUUUUAAGAAAAUUUAAAAUUUCCAGGUCAGCUGCCAACUGACCUUGCCUUCAACUCUGGUGCUUUAGGGCGGCAUUGUACAUGUGGAUGUGUGAACAAAGAUGACCAUGUACAUAAAAUUUAUUUGUACAUAGCAGCCUUGCAGCAAGAGUUGGCGCCCCACCCUCCCCCCUCAGCUGGCGGCUGACGGAGAAGUAUAUAGAGAAAAAAAUUGCCUCAGUUUUUUUCCCCCCUGACGGUCCACCAUCUUCUUGAAGACAAAAGCAAGUACAGAACAACUAAACGCGUGCAAAAAAAAGCCAACCGUACAUAUUUGCAGCAAUGCCAUUUAUUUUGGGGUUUCGCUGGUAGUUUUAAUGACAAAUUCUUUUCGCCUUCUUAUUGAGGGCUGCGAUCAGGAUGCUGCAGCUCAAACUGUGAUGGGUCCUCCCUGUAGCUGUUGUCGGAGCAUCUGUAUCUUUUACUUUUUACUUCCCUCUCUUGGUCUGUUUCAUUUCUGGGUCAUCCGGCGCCGUAUUGCUAACGCUAUCCUGGUAAGGUUCAAACUCUGCCAUAGUGACGUGGCCAUCAAGUCAUUAAUUUUCUUUUCAUGGUGAGUCGGGGGAGUGGCACAGAUGGGUGCAUUUUUACGUUUUGGGCUUGGAGAAAGUGAGCUGUCCUUUUUUGCAACUUGAUUAGAUAAUUUUUUUUGGUUGCUCAUCCAGGGGAAAACAAGUUAAAUGACGCAUAAUUGUGAAUGAACCCCCCACACCCCCACUCGGACAGGAAGCAAAAAUCCUAAACGGUAAUUUUAUUUCCUUUUUGUUUCCGUGCCGAAUGUAAAUAUAUAUUGAUUGUGGUAAAGUGCUAGAGUGUAUCCAUGCUUCCACAGUAGAACGCAGUCUACCUCAGCUGAGGGGGGUGAGGGGUGGGGGAGGGAGUUGCUGUGGCACUGGACGCCUCACCCCGCCCCCACUGAGCGCCAGCGCGCACCAAUACCUCAGUACCCCGAACACUUGUUUCUACCUGGGUGCGCCCUUCUGACGUCACGCUUAACCAAGGGGCACAAGUGAUGCUUAAAAUGAUCCUCCUGAUACCCACCCUCCCCUCAUCCAGUUUGUUUUUGAUCUACCUCUUUAGACACAUAUUUGAAUUGGAGGCAUUCUACCAUUUGUUAGGCCCCGCCCCCAUCACCCAUCCCUUCCCCCACCCCACACACACAAACUUUUGUGCACCUCCCCAGAAAAUAAAUGAAAAUUUAAACUAAUGAACUCUGUAGAAUUGAGAAUAAUGGAAAGUGAUAGAAAUGUUUUCUUUUGAUCAGUGUUUAUAUUUAUAUAUACUCCUUUUUGGCUUUGAGAACCUCAAUGAUUAUUCCUUUCUGCUUUCUAUUUUUGGUGGUGUGGCUUACAUGUAUUCAAACUUUUUUUCUUUCUGGAAAAUAAAUCAAAUCUUUGAUUUUUCCUUUCAGUCUAAUGCAAAAUAGGACCUGUUUUUUUUUCCUCUUUCAGAUUUAUAAGACUUAAAGACAUGAAAAUGCAAGUCUGUUUUGUCUUUCACAAGAUGCUACACUCGCUGAUUUGAUGGCAUUUUUCGGUUAGCGUUUCUUGGUUGUGUAAUGUGGAAACAUUUUUUUUGGGUAUGGGACAAAUUAGAGGGACUGAAUCUGUUUAUGGAAAAGUGAUCGAUCUUCAGCAUGAUGUUCUCUCCUCCCCCUCUCUGCAAACCAUACUUGUGCCCCGUCACCUCCCCACAAACACACAGCUCCACUUGUCAAAUGCCUCUGAAUAAAAAAAAUAAAUAAAAAAAUAAAGUUC